AGACACUGUUAAAUAACUCAACCUUUAGGUCCACCUUUGGCCCGCCAAAGUCCCCGCUCAGAGAUGAAGAGGAGGGUCGGGGACAGGCCGAGGGAACAAUAACAGGUAAUCGGUGACAGGUGGAAUCUCUCUUCAGACUUGGACACUGAACAGGUGAGAGCUGACAUGGCCGCGUACAAGCCAAGGGUGAUUUCUCUGACUAAAAAGCCGAGACAGACCUUCGGCUUCUUUUUGAGGAUGGAGCUUGGCGAGGAGGGUCACCUGAUCCGCUCUCUGGAAAUGGGAGGCCCAGCCGAACUGGCGGGCAUCAAAGACGGAGACCGCAUCAUCCGAGUCAACGGAACAUUUGUCGAUGGGCUGUCCCACACGGAGGUUGUGGAGCUGGUGAAAAACAGCGGAACAUCAGUCACAUUCCACAUUAUGGACGAGUCAACUUAUAAGGAAGCAAAGGCAAAAGGGGUCAACCUCUCUGAACAACACAGCACAGUGGGGUCAAAGGUCAUUGCCAACGGAGUGGCCAAAGGGGAUCCAAAACCUAAACUCUGCUACUUGGUGAAAUCGGCUUCAGGAUUCGAGUUUUCUCUUUUCACGAGUAACGAUGAGGAGGGUCUGUUCAUUACAGAAGUGAGCCCAGGAGGCGUGGCACACAAGGCAGGCGUCAGAGCCAAAGACCGCCUGCUGGAGGUUAACGGAGAGAAUGUGGAAGACUGCACACACGAACAGGUGGUGAAUAAAAUCAAACAAGCCGGGAACACCCUUAUGUUUCUGCUGCUCGACGAGGACGCAGACAAGGUCUGCAGGAGCCAAUAUGCAAAAAUGGGGUCGCGGUUGGCCACCGUCAAGUUUCUCCCUCACAAACCGCGUCUCGUCAACCUGACUAAAGGACCUGACGGAUUUGGCUUCGUGCUCAGAGAGGAGCCCAAACAAGCAGGACACUUCAUAAAGGACAUAGACAGAGACAGUCCAGCAGGAAGAGCAGGACUGAAAGAAAUGGACCGACUGGUUGCAGUGGACGGCAAGGAGGUGGACAACUGCAGCCAUGAGCAGGUGGUGGAAAUGUUCAGGCAAGGUGGUGGUGAGUGCUGCCUCCUUGUGGUGGAUCAAGAAACAGACCAAAUGUAUAAACUGGGGAAAGUUUCUCCUAUGCUCUUCUGGGAGGAGAUGAAGGAUUCCAACUUACCCCCCAGUUACACAGAGGUUAUGAACACAGCGACACCGGCCCAACCCGAUGAAAAAGAGGAGGAAGACCUGAAGCCAAAGUUGUGUAGGAUGGAGAAGAGUUCUGACGGCUAUGGCUUUCACCUGAACGGCAUUCAAGGCGUGUUUGGACAGUUCAUCAAGGAGGUGGUGAAGGGAGGAGCGGCUGACAGAGCAGGUCUGGAGGACGACGACAUGGUCGUGGAGGUAAAUGGAGUGAAUGUGGAGCAAAGUGGACACCAGGAGGUGGUGGAAAUGAUCCGCAGGAGUGGCAACUCACUGGAGAUGCUGGUGGCCAGGAAGAGUGUUUAUGACCAGCUCAAAGCCAAAGGAGUAAGCAUCACACGCAUGCUGCUUGGGGAAGAACCCAAGAGUCAAGAACCCAAGAGUCAAGAACACAGUCCAGAAACCAGCAAGAAAGAGAUAGAAAGACCAGAGAGUCCAGCUGAACCUGCAAAACAGAGGACUCCAUCUGUUUCAUCAUCUUCAUCUGCAGAAAGCAUUGAUGAGAGACUCUGAGAACCCCCCACCCACCCGAUGAGGCCAUGUUUAAGAACAGGCUCACACUUCCAGCUAAAGUCAUUACUAUGGACUUCCAAACAUAGACAAUUAAAAAAAAUUAUAACAUUCCUAAGACGAUCGACAGCAGGACUUCUCUUCCCUACGCGGUAGACCUAAACAUUCAGUAAGAUCACAUUAUUAAGAAGAUGGGAUGAAAGAUACUCAAAGAAACUGUCGCAUGACGAGUCUUUAAUGAAGGUUUAUAGUCAGAAAACACAAAGGUCAAUUUUUUUUUUGUGCGUUUUUAGUCACCAUACCUAAGCAGUUGAGAUCUGCACUCAGGCCCCACCCACCUAUGACCUCAUCUCACUUCAUUUCAUUUCAUGUUAGAAGAAGAAAAAAAAAAGCUAUUUAAACAGCUAAAUGUUAUCCAUGCAAUCAACAGUUCUUCAUGUUUGCCUGCAAAAAGCCUCAAGACUUCAGCUGCUCCUGUCUUUACUAGAAGCAACCCAAAUAAACAGAACUGACUAACUUUGAA